GGCGGAGGAGGAAGCAGCGCUCACAGCUCAAGCGAGCCUCACUGUGAAGCACAUCAACAAGCAUGGCCCUGAGUGUUUACUUCCCUGCGAUGCACGUGAUGGAGAGGAGUGUCUGGCCAGGCUGGCCGGUCUGGAACCCCCGCGGUGAAAGUCUCUUCCAGCAGCUGCAGCGAGACAUGAGGAGCGAGAUCGAGAGGAUGGAGAGAAUCUUCCGUGAAGUCGAUCAGCUCGGCAGCCACACGUGGGCUCCGGGCAGCCUCGGAGACGCACUGCUGCAGCAGCCGGCCGUGGGCAGUGGGUUCCAGAUUGAAGAUCCACAGGAGCAGGGAGACGGGUUUGUCGCGUCCCUGGACGUGCAGGACUUCUCCCCACAGGACCUGGCCGUGAAGGUGUCUGGAGACAAGCUGGUGGUGGCUGGACGGCGCGAGGUGAAGAGCGGAGAAGUCAGCAGCGGCAGCUACAGCCACAGCUGCCAGGAGUUCCACAGGGAGACGCAGCUGCCCAGGGACGUGGACCCGCAGAGCGUGAGCUGCUGCUUGACCCAAGACGGGAAGCUGAAGGUCAAGGCUCAGCGCCGCGCCCUCCCUGCAGCGGCCGAGAGGGUGGUGGCCAUUGAGCAGCCAGCGACAUCGACUCCUGGCACGGCCUCUCAGUCCACUGGCUCCACUCACGCGUAGAGUGGCGCCUGGAGCAUCCAUUCCAGCAGCCUGCUUCAUUGAUGUUUUGAUUGUACGGAUAUUUUGUUAAAUCGGUUUCUAUUCACGAUAUGUUCACUAAUAUUUGCGUUUUCAGCGUUCACAUUCAAAUCCAUUGGAGUAAGUGUAUCGCUGUUCAUGAUUGUCAAAUUGUGUUGCAUCGUUUUAAUAUCCCAUUACACGUUCAUAUAUUGCAAUAAGAUAAUGCUGAAUGUUAUCUGAAAGUAUUUUUCAUCGUUAUACAUUGCUAUUUUUCACAUAGUAUACAUUUCUAACUGAAUCUAAAUUUUUAUUGACAAUACUGUACUGUUCUUGCCAAUGGUAUUUGACGAAUGUUUUUUAUAUAUAUAAUAAAAUGCCUUUCAAUUUCA